GUUCAUUCUUCCAAAAGAGGGGAAAGGGUGGGUGAUGACUGGUGUUCGAGAAGCUUGGAAAGGUUACAAAACAAGAAUCAAGGGAAAGCAUUUUGAGAGAUAUAACAACAUUGAAGAUAUGCUGAAAAAUCGCCCUUUAGAUAUUCCAGAAGUUCAAUUUCGAAAGUUAAUUGCAUAUUGGAGUAUUCCUUCUGUUAAGGCUCUAUCUCGUUUAAAUUCUGAAAAUCGUAAAAAGCAACAACAUCAACAUCGAAUGGGACCUAUAAGUUUUGCAAGAGUGCGUAAUGAAAUGCGUGAAAUGAAUGAGAACAAAGAAGACCCAUCACAGGUUGAUGUGUUUGUUGCAACUCGAACUGGACGAAAAGGAAAAGAGCUUGAUUCAGGAACACAAGCUGUUAUUGUAAGUCAUAAUAAGUUGAAGUAGAA